AUGAAGCCACAUCUAUUUCGCUAUCAGGGUGCCAAUCUGGAAACUACACGUACCCCGUGCCGAUUUUGGACCGCACUUUUGACGGAGCAUUUCCGACCCAUUAAUCGGGGUGUUCAUUUCCGACAACGGUGGAUUCUGAAAAAUGAUACGAUGCCUUCAAAAUACAAGGAUGAUAAUCAGACUGCCACCUACAUGCCAACACUGCGAUACCACAAUACUUCUCAUGUGGGACCUGUUGGCCAUACUGCUAAGUGCAUAGUGGAUCCGCUGAAAGUAAAAUAUCCAAAUUUGAUUCGGUGCUAUGAUGAAUUCCACUUCCCUGACAAGUUCCAUAACAAUUAUACACUCUAUCGAUUGGAGCCAAAAUUUGGGGUGGUCAGGCAUUAUCGUGACGUCCACCUUGGUUCUUGGGGUCAAAUAUGGCUCAAAGAAGUGGAAGACAUGGGAAACUUUUUGAUGACGGAUUGCCCAGCAAGAUGGAAAGAUACUCUAUGUGAAAAUGUACAGAAGCGAUUGCAUUAUAUUUAUGGUGAUAAACGAUAGCAUAUGUCUUCGCAAACCCGCCAGAAUUCUAAGAUGCACCUGAGAUGUUGUUACUGUUUAUGAACUCCUUAUUGAUGAUAUGUGGUUUUGACUCGUGCAUUUUGGAGGUUGAUACGUUUUUUACAG